UCUGAAUCCGGUGCAGACAAUCGUUGACCCUAUUAAUAAUUCAACAACAAAGAUGUGGGUAGAUGUAACGAAGUUGACUGAUACUGAAUUUAUAAACACGACAAAAACACUAACUACAUAUUAUAGUGAUAAUAAGACAAUUGAUAAGGUCGAUGUCAAAAUGGUAAACUCGCUUUCUCAUUGGUGCAAGCUUAUACUUCGCCGGACAAGAUGGUGGAAUUUCUCAGUAAUGUCAUUAAAUGCUCAUAUUAAGUGUCACUAAAUCCAUAGGCUCUAGGACAGUAAAAAUUCAUUUGCUACCUAAUAGUCAACAAAUUGAGGAGUAUCAUGAAGAAUUCAAAGAUGUUGAUAAAGUCCAUACUUUAAAAGCUGAAAAGCAAGAAGAAAAAGAUGUUAAAGAAGAGGAAGAAGCAGAUGAUGUUGAUGAUGAUAAUAGAUAUAAAGCAGAAACAUCUAUAGCUCCUAUUGAAUUUUCAGUCAAAAGUGAUUAAUAAUAAAUUUCCAUUAAGUACUGAAGGAUUUCAAAUAUGUAAUCAAAAAAUUAACAUUCAUUAAAAAUAUUAAGAAAUGAGUCAUUUUUCAUUAAAAAAGCAUUAUCUAUCUUUGUCUCACGUGUGUAGGAAUAGAAAAGAUGAAACUAUUUUUAUGACAAAUGUUAAAUGAAUAUAUCAAAUCAGUUCUAUAUGUCAACACAGAAAAAACCUAGUCUCAUUUUUGUUGUAAGUCAAAAUGAGCCAAUGCUAAACGACAUAGACAGUGGCGCCACCAACCUGGCUCAUUUUUGGUGCACUUUAAAAUGAGUAGCGUAAGUUACUCAUUUUAAGACCAAGUUUUUCUGUGAAAUGAAUUUUAUAUUAAAUGAAAUUACGCCAUAUGAAUUUCAUGUCAAAUGUAAAUUAUGUCAAGUGAAAUUUAUGUCAUAUGAGAUUUAUGUCAAAUUAAUUUUUCGUCAAAUGAUUUGAUAUCAAGUGAGAUUUAUGUCAAAUAAAAUUUAUUGGGGUUUAA